CAAAAAAAAAACCUUAGCUAUGAGGCCCCGGCUAUAUAUCUGGAACCACUACUCUAUCGUCCUCCAUUCCAUCAACAUAUACACAAUUCAAUCAAUCAAAAUGCAGGCUUCCAUCUACUUGCCUUCAACAUCGUUCCUCUCUUUGCCAUCUACCAAAGCCUCAAGUUUCUCACAGACAUUAUUGUAUACUACUACACUUACCAGACGUCAAAUUUGUCAAACAUCAUCAUCUCUCUCAAAUUCAAUCAAGGCAGCACCAUCUGACAAUAAUUCUCAGUUCGAUUACAGCUCCAUGGCCUCAUCAGUUUUCCCAGCAGAAGCAUGUGAGACUCUAGGUGGUGAUGCUUGUGAUGUUGAGAUGUUCCCGGAGACCAAGAUCAAACAACAACCCAACCCCAAAAUUGAUCCUCCCACUUCAGAACAAGUUGAUAGAGAGUAUCUCGAGUACAGCAGUACCAACACGGUGUUUAUUGCAGAGGCCUGCGAUGAUCUUGGAGGGGAGUUCUGUGACCCGGCGUAUCAGAGUGGAGUUAACUAAAUCAACAUCAGUAUUUAAUUCUCAAUAUUAUAAAUUAUAUAAUCAACUGUGGGAUUUGUCAUCUUUUGAUCGGUAGAUUCUCAAUAUUAUAAAUUAUUAUAAAUUAUUUAAUUCUCACAGCCUUAUUUCUCGUUUGUGUUCUUGCCCACCUUUUUAACUUUCUCCAGCGACCGGCUCCUAACUUUGAAAUUGUGUGUUAUAUGAGUAUAUCACUUUUGUUAACCU